UUUACUUUACUUUACUUUACUUUGCCUUACCAAUAUUUGAUUUUCAAACCCGCAUUGUCGAGCUAAAACAAGGAGCGACAAUGACUGCAGACCCGCCUAUUGAACUCGCCGAAUUUGGGCCGGAUUUGCCGCAUACUGAACCUGAAAAGACAAGCAAGUAUAAGCUGUUCGGCAAAUCCACGGGUGCCAAGGGACAGGUAAAGGAAAAGCAGCCAAUGGUGUCUCUGGUCCAGCUCUUCCGAUUUGCUGACCCAUCAGACAAGCUGCUGAUGGUCAUUGGCACGGCAGGAGCGUGCGCAGCAGGCACAGCGCUGCCACUCAUGACGCUCAUUUUCUCCAGUUUGACGGGCAAAUUCUUGGAUUUUAACUUCGAUAGCAGCGGUGGUGACAACCAAAAGUCGCGAAACUACCUUGACUCUGAGACGCGGCGGUACUGCCUGUACUUUCUAGCACUGGGACUAGCCAUGUGGGUCGUUUCGAGUGUGCAAAAGCUAACGUGGAGCGUGUCUUCGGAGAGAAUUGGCAGGCGGAUGCGCGAGAUGUUCUACAUUUCGAUUUUGCGCCAGAAUAUCGGCUGGUUUGAUGAGCUGUCGACCGGCGAGCUGACGACUCGCAUUUCAGCGGAUGUUAAUAUGGUGCAGGAGGGGAUAGGCGAAAAGUUCAGCUUCGUCGUACAGUACGUCGUCACUUUUGGCACAAGCAUAAUAUUAGCGUUUACAAAGGGCUGGCGGCUGACGCUCGUUGUGCUCGCUGUGUUGCCGGCCAUCGUUGGGUCGGCCGGGCUGAUGGGUAUCUUGCUUGCGGAAAACACUGCGGGUGGCCAGGACUCGUACGCAGAGGCCGGCGGCGUGGCUGACGAAGUUCUGUCGUCUAUCAAGACGGUGAUGGCAUUUAGUGGCCAACAGCGCGAGCUGGAGCGGUACAGAACAAAGAUUUUGGUGGCGCGGGCCAAGGGCCUGAAGAAGUCGCUGGUUCUGGGCCUGUGCUUGGGGUUCAUCAUGUUUAGCAUUUAUAGCGUGUAUGCCCUAGGGUUCUGGUACGGCGGCAAGCUGGCACGGGAGGGCAAAAUGAGUCCCGAAACGGUACUCAACGUGUUCUUUUCACUGAUAAUUGGCGGGUUUUCUCUGGGCAACUCGGCACCAAGCAUUUCGGCGGUGUCCAGUGCGCGCGGCGCAGCGGUCAAAGUGUACCAGGUGAUUGACCGGCAGUCUCCGAUUGACCCGGUGGACACGGACAAGGGCCUGUCUGCAGAGAAUAUCCAGGGCGACAUCGAGCUGUGCGACGUGGAUUUCUGGUACCCAACUCGCCCGGAUGUCAAGGUUAUGCAAGGAUUCAGCAUGCACGUGCGACCAGGGCAGAAAGUAGCGCUGGUCGGCGAGUCUGGAUGCGGCAAGUCGACGAUGAUCGGACUGAUCGAGCGGUUCUACGACCCCGAGAAAGGCGCAGUCAGGGUCGACGGCGUGGACGUGCGCGAAUACAACGUGCGCUCUCUGCGACAGCAAAUUGGCGUUAUAAUGCAAACUCCCGUCCUCUUUGGGUACUCGAUUUUCCAAAAUAUUGCCUGGGGUGCUAUCGACGCUGAGGGCAACCCGCCAACGCGCGAGCAAGUCGAGCAAGCGUGCAGGGAUGCAAAUGCCCACGACUUUAUUAUGGACCUUCCCGAUGGCUACGAAACCUUGUGUGGCGAGCGCGGGGCGCUGCUUUCGGGAGGGCAGAAGCAGCGCAUUGCCAUUGCCAGGGCGCUGGUGCGCAACCCAAGGAUUCUGCUUCUAGACGAGGCCACCUCAGCACUGGAUUCAUCGGCUGAGCGCAUUGUACAGGAUGCCCUGGACAAAGCUUCAGCUAAUCGUACGACCAUCACAGUGGCGCACAGGCUCAGCACCAUCAGGGACUCGGACGUCAUCCAUGUCAUUUCCAAGGGGCGUGUGCUGGAGUCCGGCAGCCACGAGGAGUUGAUUGCAAGGCAGGGUGCGUAUGCGCGCCUGGUUGAUGCCCAGCACUUGCGCCAGGCGCUGGAGCAGGAUGUCGCGCAGAUGAACAGUGUUGUAUCGCCGGGCGGCUCGCCGCCAGACAACGCCAGCGAUAUUAUGGAGAUGCCAGCACCAGUGCCAGUUCAAACAAAGCGCACAAACACGCGCAGGUCUUUGCUGAAAGGCACCUCUAUCCAGCACACGCAGACGGGUGCGUCUAUAGAUACUGAGUCACGCAGUGUCACGUCUGAGGCUGCGGACAAUAGCGAUGCUCAGCGCAUGAGCGGCAACGGGUUGCGCUCACUUGUGCAGCUGGUUAUGAUGUACCGCAAGCACACUAUAAUGUUUAUUCCAGGUACCCUGAUGACAAUGAUCGAUGGAGCGUCAUUCCCAUGCUUUUCGCUUGUGUUUUCGCGGAUGAUCGUGGCAAUGGCAAUCCCCGACAAGGCGCAGCAGCGACAUGAGGUCAAUCUCUACGGCGGACUGUUCUUCAUGUUUGCCUGUGUAAUAUUUUUUGCCAUUGGCGGGCGCAACCUCUGCUUUGUCCGGGCUGGUGAGCAGAUAACCUUCAAUGUGCGCUAUGAUAUGUUCCGAGCAAUGAUGCGGCAGGACGCGGCGUACUUUGACCGCAAGGAGAACGGCACUGGUGCGCUAACUUCGCGGCUGGCGACCGAGGCGGCGGACAUCAACAAGGCCAUUGGCGAAGCCCUGCCGGCAUUUAUUGCCGGCGCAACGUCACUACUGACGGGCAUUGUCAUUGCCUUUAUCUACGACUGGCACUUGACCCUGGUCAUUGUUGCCACGCUACCUUUUCUCACGUUGGCAUUUUAUUUUGAGGGUCGCGCGGUGUUUGCCUCGACGAAGGCUAUGAAGGGCGCGUACGAGAAGGCGUCACAGGAGGCCUCAGAGACGGUGGCCAAUAUCCGCACGGUGGCCUCAUUGACACGCGAGCACACCUUCAUCGAGCAGUUCCGCAGAAACAGUGUUGAGCCGUACAGAAACGCCAUCAAGAACCACUAUUUUGGCUCUCUCGGCUACGGGCUUGCGCAAGCCAGCAUGUUCCUGGUGUAUUGCCUGGCAUUUUUCGUCGGCUCGCGGUUCAUUCUCCGAGGAUAUAUCGAUGUGCAAGCAAUGUUUAACGUCAUGUACGCCAUUGUAUUUUCGGCAUUUGCGCUUGGGCUGGUCGCGCAGCAGUCAUCGGUGGUUACUAAAGCACUAAUCUCGGCUGACAAGCUAAUAAAUACGCUGAGCAGUGUACCGACCAUUGACGCGCAGUCGCAGGAAGGCGCGUGUCUGGAGCAGGAGCGGGCCAAGUCCGUGGUAGCGCUGGACAAUGUAAUGUUUGCGUACCCGACGCGAGCUCAAGCACGGAUUCUGCGCGGAGUCACUCUUAAGGCAACGCCUGGGCGCACCAUUGCAUUGGUUGGGCCGUCGGGAUCGGGCAAGUCUACAGUAAUUGCACUUAUCCAACGACUCUAUGAUGUUCUUGGCGGCACAGUCAGCGUCGAGGGCACAGAUGUACGUGAGUGGAAUGUCGAGAGCCUGCGCAAUAACCUUGCGCUGGUCGGUCAGGAGCCUGUUUUGUUUGACUACACUAUAGCUGAAAACAUCGCAUAUGGACAGCCCUCGGCCACGCAGCAAGAGAUUGAGGAGGUGGCCCGUCAGGCCAACAUCCACGGGUUUAUCACUGAGUUGCCUGACGGGUAUGCCACGCGCAUCGGACAGACAGGUGGUCAGCUUUCAGGUGGUCAAAGACAGCGCAUUGCGAUUGCCAGGGCGUUGGUGCGCAACCCAAAGAUUCUGCUCCUGGACGAGGCGUCAAGUGCACUGGACUCGCAGAGCGAAAAGCUGGUGCAGGAGGCCCUGGAUAAGGCGACAAUGGGCCGGACAACUGUGGUUAUUGCGCACCGGCUGAGUACUAUCCAAAAUGCCGAUGUUAUUGUUGUGUUCAGGCAGGGCCGAAUUGUCGAGCAAGGAUCGCACGAGGAGUUGAUCGCACAGCGUGGGCUGUACAGCCUGCUUGUUGCGCAGCAGUCUUUGGAGAUCAACCACUGAAUUGGAACCUGAUUGGGUUUUGAUUUUUGAUUUGAUUGCAAGCUAAAUGCGCAGUUUGGAAAAGUGCGCCUUUUUGUGUGCUAAGCGGCGAUCCGGUAUUUAUACUUUUUUCUCUCUUUUUUGGUUUGGUUUACU